AUGUAUCAAUCUUCGAUUGGGCCGUCCAAUCUCGAUUCUGUGUUGGAUGGAGAGAAAGGCGGCUCAUCUCGCCAAGUUGGUCUUAAAGACCGCAUUGCUUGUUAUCAAUGGACCUUCUUCACCAUGACAAUGGCGACCGGAGGAGUGUCCAGCGCCCUUCAUGGAUUGGUUUAUCAAGCCGGGUGGGUGAAUGGCUUUGGAGUCUUCUUCUGCCUCCUUAACAUUGUGCUCUUCCUCACCAACUGCGUCUUGCUGUCCAUGCGGUUUUACUUGCGCCCCGGAAGUCUCACCAAGUCGUUUACAGAUCAAGUAGAAUCCUUUAUCGCCGUCAUUCUCAUCAACAUAUGCCAGUUUGGCGUUCCGCAUUGCGGUGUCUGGCUCCUUAAAACUUUGCAGAUCUUGUUCUGGAUAUACACCGGGCUGAGCGCCGUUGCUAGUGCUGGGUUGUAUCUCAUCUUAUGGUCCACACUAAUAUUCCCAAUUCAUAUGAUGACUCCGACCUGGGUGUUUCCUGCAUACCCGCUCAUGCUCACAGCGCCGUUUGCCUGCAACCUCAUCUCGGCAGCUUCCGCCACUGGCCGUCUUGACGUGCUAUAUUCCCCAGCCAUUGCUCUAUCAGCUGUCGCAACCCAAGGCACAGGAUGCUUGAUCUCUCUCAUGAUAUCUGCCGCCUUCAUAUACCGGCUGAUGACGCAGAAAUUGCCCAGGGAUUUUCAACGGCCUGGUGUUUUCAUUUCAAUUGGACCAUAUGCUUUCACUGCUGGAUCCAUUGCACAACUCGGGAGCGAAGCCCGUGAGAUUUUGCCGCCCGAUUUCCUCGGUACGGAAAACAGCGCCGACAUUAUCAAGAUUAUUUCCAUUCUUGUGGCCCUUUGGUUCUGGGGCCUUUCCAUGUGGUUCUUCCUCGUCUCUAUUGGAUCACUCUGGAAGUAUCUACGGACGCGAAAGGGCAUGCCAUUCCAGAUGACAUGGUGGUCGUUCGUAUUUCCAAAUACGGCUCUCGUCACCACAACCGAAAUCAUGGGGAAUAUCUUUGAGAGCAGGGGGCUGCAGCUUUGCGGAUGCGCCAUGACGAUUGCCCUCGUCAUUGCGUGGGUUAGCAUUUUUGCAACAAUGAUUACUUGCAUCAAGCAGAGGAAACUGCUCUGGCCGAAAUCCAAGUCCUAA